AUGCGGCGUUGCUGCUGCUUUUCUUGCAGUGCAGCGGCAACAGCCACUGCAGCAAGAGCAACAGCAGCAACAGCAGCAACAGCAGCAGCAGCAGCAGCAUCCCGCGGCCGCUGCAGCAGCACAGCUUCUAAAAGAAGGCUCACGUUGCUGCAGCAGCUCUUUUUCUAUGAUGUCACAUUGAAUAGCAGCAGCAGCAGCGACGAUAGGAGUGACAGCAGUAGCAGCAGCAGCAGCAGCAACAGCAGCUGCUGCAGUAGCAGCAGCAGGUACUUGGAUUGCUGCUGCUGCAGUAGCAGCUGCAGCAGCAACUGCCGCUGCGGUAGGUUGAACACUGUGGAGGGACACUGCACUGGCAUAGCCAGCAGCAGCAGCAACAGCAGCAGCAGCAGCAGCACCAGAAGCAGCAGCAAGAGUAGCCCAAUCAGUAGCAUUAGCCGCAGCAGCAGGAACACAAGCAGCAGCAGCAGCAGCAGCAGCAGCAGCGGCAGCGGCGACCGCACGUGUGCAAAGCCUGGCCUGCGAUACCAGCAGCAGCAGCUGCUGCAGCUGCUGCUGCUGCUGCUGCAGCACUUAAGGCCAACAGCAACAGCUGCUGCUACGUGUGUCAAUGAAGCCUGGCGUCCCCCAACAUGCUGUUGCUUCCAGCAGCAACCACAACAACAGAAGCAGCAGCAACAGCAGCAGCAACAGCAACAGCAACAGCAACAGCAACAGCAACAGCAACACCAGCAGCUGCAUAUGUGUUUCAUCGGAUGCUCCUCUGAGCAGCAGCAGCAACAGCAGAUAGCUGUCUUAGUUUCGUCUUGUGCUGCUGCUGAGGGACGCCUUGCUGCUGCGCUUGCCGCAGCAGCAGCAGAACUGAGGAGCGCAUGCGGCAGCACAGCAGCAGACGUCAGCUGCUGCUGCUCCUGCUGCAGCAGCAGCUGCCGCGCACUCGAGGAGGCCGCAGCAGAGUAUGACAGCAGCAGCAGCAGCAGCAGCAGGAGGUCGCCAUCUGAGGGUGAACCGGCAACAACGGAGGCAGCAGCAGAAACAGAAGAUGCUGCUGCUGCUGCUGCUGCUGCUGCUGCUUACCAGUGUGGGGCGAUGACGGACGGCUGGGUUUCAUCAGCAGCAGAAGCAGCAGCAGCAGCAGUAACAACAGCAACUGCUGCUGCUGCUACUCCAGCAGCAGAGCAGCAGGCGCAUUUGAGGUGUCUCAGCUGCAGCAGCAAACGGCACAUGUGGGCGCUGCUGCUGCUGCUGCUGCAUCGGCAGCAGCAGCAGCACAGCUGCGCCGCUGCGCAGCUGCAGCAACAAGCCGCAGCAGCAGCAGCACAACAACAACAGCUUCAGCAGCAAAUGCAGCGGCAGCAGCAGCAGCAGCAGCAGUUAGCAACAGGCUGGCGGAAUGCGCAGCAAAGCCAUGCAGCAGCAGCAGCUCGCUUUGCUGCAGCAGCAGCAGCAGCAGAGGAAUCCUUAGAGGCUGUACAGGCAGCUGCUACUGCUGCAGCAAACCAGAGGCAGCAACUGCAGCACCAGCAGGAGCAGCAGGAGCAGCUGAAUGGCACAGCAGCAGCUGCAGCAGCAGCAGCAGCAGGGAGACAACUAAAUUCUGCUGCAUAUGCUGCUCGAACUCGAAGUAGAAUCCAGGUGUCUGUGGCGAUGCAUUUGCUGCAGCAGCUUUCUGGUGUAUGUGCAGCUUAUGAUGCAGCAGCAGCAAACACGCAGCAGCAAGUCUGCUACGAGUUUGCCGAGCAGCAGCAGCAGAUGGAGCAGCGGCGGCGGCAGCAGCAGCAGCAGCAGCAACUCAUUCUCAGGCUCUUCAGGAUGCUGCUGCAGCAGGAGUCUCUCAUGCUGCAGCAAACUGCACAAGCUGCGGCAGCGCAGCAGCAGCAGCUGCAGGCAGCUCUGGCCGCUGCUGUGCCUCAGCGAGAGGGAAGAUGUGCUGCAGUUGCUGCUGUCCCUGCUGCUGCAGCACCAGCAUCAGCGACCCCCUGCAGCAGCAGCAGCAGCAGCAGCAGCACCUUGGCUACUGCAUUUGCUGCUGCAGACGCCACAGGGAAGCAGCAGGAGAAGAGGAUGCGAAGCAGCAGCAGAAUGCUGAGGUGUAUGCUCACCUUAGCUUGCUCCCUCGUAGAGGCUUUUGAAGAGUACAUAAAGCUGCUACGAGCUGCUGCUGCUGCUGCAGCUGUUGCUCUACAGCAGCAGCAGCAGCAGCAGCUCCAGAUGCAGGGGCCACAGCAGCAGCAGCGACAGGCAACAGCAGCUCUUCUCGUGAGCGUUAAUUGGGAAGCCUAUGAAGCAGCAGCAACAGCAGCAGCAGCAGCAGCAGAGCAGCAGCAGAAGCUGUGGGUAGAAACUGCAGCGACGCUGCAGCUGAGGGCCUUGCCGCAGCUAAAUGUAGCAACGAGGAAGCUCAAGGCAGCAGCAGCGUUGCUGCAGCAGCUGCAGCAAGAACCCCUGCAGCAGGAACCUUCAGCAGCAGCAGAGGCACCGACAUGCCCUGCUGCUGCUGCUGCUCCACGCAGCAGCAGCAGCAGCAGGAGCAGCAGCAAACGAGGCGCGGCAUCUGCGGAGACAGCUGGUACAAAUGUCGAGCAGCAGCAGCAGCAGCAACAGCAGCAGCAGCAGCAGCAACAGCAGCAGCAGCAGGUGCCGCCUCAGGAAGAGGUACUGCUGCUGCAGCGUCUUCACCAAAACGGAAGCCAGCAGCAGACAGCAGCGGAGGAGUUGCUGCAUGCAGCAGCAGCAGCAGCAGAAGCAGCAGCAGCAGCAGAAGAGGAAGAGGUGCAGCAGCUGCUGCAGUGCCUGGCGGAGCUGCGCAGCACGUCGAGCGCCACAAGUGAAGCUGCUGCUGCCGCUGCUGCUGAUUUGCAUGUUGCUGCUGCAGCAGCAGCAGAACAAGAACAGCAGCAGCACCAGCAUCUAAUAAACUCGUUUGCUGCUGCACUUGGGGUUCCCGCGCUGCAGCUCGCGAGCCUCCCUCCCUCCUCAGCAGCAGCAGCAGCAGCAGCAGCGACAACAGCAGGAACGGCGACAACAGGAACAGGAGAAGCCUCAGGCGAAUGCAGCAGCAGCAGCAGUAGCAGCAGCAGAGAUGCUGCUGCUGCUGCUGCUGCAGAGCCGGCAGCAGAUCCGCCAGCAGCAAAUUGGUGGCUUGAAAACAUUUGUGUCGUGCCCGCCAGCAGCAGCAGCAGCAGCAGCAGCAGCAGCAGCGCGGAUGUUUUGUUUACUGGCUUCCCCCUUCUACAGAGAGAAGCAACGCGAUUGGCUCGCAAGGCCCAGCUGCGCGCCCAGCAGCAGCAGCAGCUGCAGCAGCAGCAGCAGAACGAAUGCAGAAGCGACAGCGACUCUGAUGUCGCGUUACUGGAUGGCCGUCUUAGCAGCAGGAGCAGCAGCUUCGACAGCUACAGCUUCCCCAACAGCAGCAGCAGCAGCAGCAGCAGCCACAGCAGCAGCAGCAACAGCCGCAGGGGAUCUGUCGCGCUGGACUGCAGCAGCAGCAGCAGCAGCAGCAGCAGUCCGUACGCCUUUCGAUUUUCUUCUGCUCCUACUAUUGCUGCAGACAACCGGGAAAACGGCAACACAGCAGCAGCAGCAGCAGCAGCAGCGGCAGCAGCAGCAGCAGCUGCUGCUGCUGUGAGUGACUACUUUCUGGUUAUGCCUCUAGAGCAGCAGCAGCAGCAGCAGAAGACAAAACACGGGAGAGACCAAAACAGAGGGAUGGCGGCUGCAACUAGUCAAAGCGGCAGCACUGAAAUAGCAGCAGCAGCAGCAACAGCAGCAGUGCCAGCAGCAGCAGCAGCAGCAGCAACAGCAACAGCAGACGCAGAAACAGCAGCGUCCAGGGGGUCCUCUGGAAUUUUGGCUUCAUUUCUAGACGGUAGCAAAAGGAGCAGCAGCAGGUGGAAGCUAGGCAGCAGCAGCAGCGGCAGAUGGAAGCUAGGCAGCAGCAGCAGCAGCAGCAGCAGCAGCAAAUGGAAGGUAGGCGGCAGCAGCAGCAGCAGCAGAGAGUUCUGCUUCUUUUCGACUCCUCGCUUGAUGCGUCAUCCGUCUAGCUCCUCACGGGUAGAAGACGCAGCAGCAGGAACAGCAGCAACACCCACAGAAGCAGAAGCAGCAGCAGCAGCAGCAGCAGGUGAUGCUGCGCCAACGGGUUUUGCUGCAGACAGCGUUUCUUCGCAGCGAUUGUCACCAAUUUCGACGGUGUUACAGCUGUGGGAUGGAGACAGAGAAGCAAGAGAAGCAGCAGCAGCAACAACAGCAGCAGCAGCAACAGCAGCAGCAGCACCUGCAGCUGCUGCUGCUGCGGCAGCAGAGGGAGACACUGUCUCCUUAGAGGGUCCCCAAUCGCUGAGUGUUCUUUGCUUUAAUUUAAAGGCUGCGGGAGAAGGCUCAAGUCCGCGCGCAGAGAGAGAAGCUGCUGCUGUUGCUGAUCCUGCUGCUGCUGCUGCUGCAGCAGAUGGAAGCAGCCCUACCAGUCCCACUGCAGCAGCAGCUGCUGCCGGCGAUAUGUAUCUUAGCAGCAGCAGCAGCAUCAACAGCAGCGGCUCCUUCAUGCCGUUAGCAGACGAGCGGUACUCUGAUAUGGGCUUGCUGCAGCAGCAAAAGCCUCUGGCGCAGGAAGCAGCAGCAGCAGCAGCAACAACAGCAGCAGCAGCAGCAGAUGAGGAACCUGCACGGCGAAGUUUUUACUCGGGGCCUUUUGUUUGGUCUUCGCGUUUCCAUAAGGCGGCUCACGUGGGUUUAUGCAUGCGUUUUGCUGCAGCAGCAACACGGUUACAGCUGUGGGAUGGAGACAGAGAAGCAAGAGAAGCAGCAGCAGCAACAACAGCAGCAGCACCUGCAGCUGCUGCUGCAGCAGCAGCAGAGGGAGACACUGUCUCCCUAGAGGGUCCCCAAUCACUGAGUGUUCUUUGCUUUAAUUUAAAGGCUGCGGGAGAAGGCUCAAGUCCGCGCGCAGAGAGAGAAGCUGCUGCUGUUGCUGAUCCUGCUGCUGCUGCUGCUGCAGCAGAUGGAAGCAGCCCUACCAGUCCCACUGCAGCAGCAGCUGCUGCCGGCGAUAUGUAUCUUAGCAGCAGCAGCAGUAUCAACAGCAGCGGCUCCUUCAUGCCGUUAGCAGACGAGCGGUACUCUGAUAUGGGCUUGCUGCAGCAGCAAAAGCCUCUGGCGCAGGAAGCAGCAGCAGCAGCAGCAACAACAGCAGCAGCAGCAGCAGAUGAGGAACCUGCACGGCGAAGUUUUUACUCGGGGCCUUUUGUUUGGUCUUCGCGUUUCCAUAAGGCGGCUCAAAGCGCUAGACUGCGCAGCCUGCGAUCGGAAGGAGACAUUGGUACUUCUGCUGCUGCUGCUGCUGCUCCUCCUCCUCCUCCUCCUCUUUCCCUUGAGUCGCUGCGGCAGGAUGACGCCUACAGCUUCAUAGUCGCUCUGUGGGAGAUCUACAAAAAGAUAUCCAAGCACGGAUGCGAGCGGCGGCCGUACCCAACGGAGGGAGAGGUCCGAGCAGCAGCAGCAGCAGCAGCAGCAGCAAACGGGGACGACCCUGAAGCUGCAGCAGCGGCUGGUGCAGCAGCAGCAGCAACAGCAGCAGCAGCAGGUUUGCUGCAGCCUCUAGAAGAGGCUGUAUGUACUGUCUCCUUUGAUGUCUCCUUGAGGGAGCUCAUAGGCAUCCUUAUCAAUCCUAAUUCAAGUCCUCUUACCGGCGUGCUGAAGGAGAAGGACGCAAUAUUUCCCGACCCAAUGCCGCCCUGGAGCCUGUGCAGCAGCAGCAACAACAGCAGCAGCAGCAGCGACAGCAACAACAGCAACGGCAACAGCAACAACGGCAACAGCAGCAAUAGCAGUAGCAACAGCAGCAGCAGCAGCAGCAGCAGCAACAGCGACGACAGCAGCAACAAUGGCGCGUCUUCUGCCUGCGAUGGGGCAACGGCAGCUGCAGCAGCAGCAACUGCAGAAGCAGCAACACCUGCAGCAGCAGCAGCUGCUGCAGCAGCAGCAGCAGACGAGUCUGAAUUGGAGAAGGGGAUUUUCAGUGGCCGUUUCUGCCAGAUAUCACGAGAAUUUGAUGCCGACAUUAAACUUCCUGAGUCUUCUUUGACCCGCCUGCUGGGUUUGCCGAGUCGAGGGAUGCUGCAAGAGCGCUGCGUCUGCAGUGUAUGUACACCUCAGUUUGUAGUGCUGCAGACAGAGAGUAAUCUCUCAGGGCCCCCUUAUUCAGAUACUUUCUUCUUAAGGCAGCGGCUUAAGUGCAUUGCCUUAACUCCAAGUGCAGCGUUGGGGGCGGGGAUCGACGAUCCCAGACAGGGGAUCGACGAUCCCAGACAGGGGAUCGAUGUGGGAUCGUCGAUCUCCAGAUCGGACACCACUGGGAUCGACUUGGGAUCGGUCGAUCCCGCUCCGGAUGCCACUGGGAUCGACUCGGGAUCGGACGACCCCUCAACUGACAACAGCGGGAUCGAUCUGGGAUCGGACGAUCCCACAACCACCCCUCGCACGCAAAUUGAAUUUGAAUGCGAAGUUGUUAUUACUGCUUCCUCCUUCUUCCAGGGGAAGAUAAAAAGCGACAGUGUUCGAGAGCUGCAUACAAGUUUAAACCUGCUGAAGCGGCUCAUUCAGGAGGCUCUUGCUGCUUCCAUUAGCAGCAGCAAUGAAGCAGCAGCAGCAGCAGCAGCAGCAACAGCAGAAGCGGGUCCUGCUGCUGCUGCUGCUGUUGCUGCUGUUGCAGGUGAAGAACCAGACGGUGUCUCCCUGAGCAAUGAGGCUGCUGCCGCGACAGAGACAAAAGCAGCAGCAACAGCAGCAGCACCAGCAACAACAGUAGCAGCAGCACCAACAGCAGCAACAGUAGCAGCAGCAGCAACAGAAGCAGGGAGUGCAGCAGAGGGAGACUUAGUAGUUUCGUAUCAGCAGCAGCUAAAGUUAAUAGCAGCUGCGGUGUACAGACAGCUUGGUGCUGCGCUUCUGCAUGUGCUGCCUUCAUCUCAAUAUGAAUGUAUUUUGUUCGCUCUCCUGGUGUU